AUGGACCUGAUUGGGAAGGUGACGCCGCCGGCCAUGAGAGGGAAUUGUUUCAUAAUUGUGGCAAUGGAUUAUUUCACCAAAUGGGCAGAGGCCAUGCCCAUGAGGACGGUCACCAAGACUGAUGUCAUCCAGUUCCUAAAAACCCAAAUAGUUCACAGGUUUGGGUUGCCUGAGACCAUUACAUGUGACAACGGGUUGGUCUUCACUGGGGAUCAGGUCCUUGAGUUUGCUGCAAGCUAUGGGAUCACCAUAACCCAUUCCACGCCUUACUAUGCCCAGGGGAAUGGACAGGCUGAGGCAAUCAACAAGGUGUUGAAGAAUUUCUUGACAAAGAUAGUGGAGGAAAACCCCAGGAGGUGGGCUGAGCUGUUAUCUGAGGUAUUAUGGGUAUUUAAAACAUCGCAACGCACAAGCACCGGAACCACGCUGUUCUCCCUUACUUACGGGCAUGACGCAGUCUUGCCUAUGGAGAUAAGUGCCAGGUCUGCAAGGGUGGCAUACCGGCAAGGGUUUAUACCAGCCACUUAUAGUGAGGCCAUGCUGGCCAAUUUGGAGGACUUGGAUGAAGAGUGCCUCAAGGCUUUUGACCAAAUUUUGGCACAAAAGGAGAAGGUGGAAACCGUGUAUAACAGAAGGGUGGUGCUCAAAAGUUUCUAG